AAGUAACUUUUCUGAAGACCUAAACGUGGUUAGUAAACCCUAGCUGUAUUUAUCAUAUCUCCUCUCCACAGCCAAGUUCGGCCGAUCAUGAUCUCCCAAGAAGUUGAACCAACCGAAAAGAGGAAGAAAACCAUUCCUGAGCCACCGUCGACAUUGUUCUCGUCACUUCCACCUGAAAUAGUAGAGAACAUUCUCGCCCGUGUCUCGAGAUGGGCUUACCCUCGACUCUCUCUGGUCUCCAAGAGCUUCCGUUCUCUGUUAUCUCCUCUUGAAAUAUACAAGACGCGAUCAGAAAUCGGAGUCAAUGAAACAUGCUUCUAUGUUUGCUUAAAGCUGCCUAAUCAAUCAUGUGCGAGCUGGUUUAGUCUAUGGACGGAACCAAAUAAAAGAACAAAACGGAGAGGAAAGACCACGUUUAAACGGGAUUCAAGUGGAAACUCGGUUGUUCCGACACCUUUCUCUUCUUUCCAUUCUCCUCCCUUCCCUCGUUACAUUGCAACAACAGUUGGUUCGGAAAUCUACAUAAUCGGCGGACCCGACGGGGAGCCGUCUUCAUCUGUCCGGAUCCUUGAUUGUCGGAAUCACACUUGGCGUGAUGGCCCUAAUAUGACCGUGGCUAGGGAUGAUGCGUAUACAGCUUUACAUGAUGGGAAAAUAUAUGUAAUUGGAGGUUGCGACAUUGACGCCUACUCUACAAACUGGAUUGAGGUAUUUGACGUAAGGACUCAGUCUUGGACAGCCUUGCCGGGUCCUGGCCCUGAUGCGGACGAAGAGUUACGCCGUGCAUAUUAUUUUAUUAUAGUUAAUGUGUGCAAAGGAAAAAUUUACGUGGAAACAAUUGGAAAGUACUACACUUACGAGCCGAAAGAUGGUACGUGGAAACUUGUAAGAGAGAGAUCGAAUUUAUUCUUUUCCAACUCCGUUGAGGCUUGGUGUGAGAUGGAGAAUGUAUUAUACUGUUGCACUGAAUUGGGGUAUUUAAUGUGGUCGACCACUGAGAUUGAAGGUAGAGAGUGGAGAGAGAUCAAGGGCUUGGAUAAAUUGCGUGAGCAUUUAAAAAGUGGGAAUGAGUUUGAAAUGGCUAACUAUGGUGGGAAGCUUUUAGUUAUGUGGUGUCUACAUUCCGAUCUUUGCAUGAGAAACAAGAUCUGGUAUGCAAAGAUUUGUUUAGAAUCAAGAGGCAAUGGACGUGAGGUGUGGGGUAAGGUUGAGUGUGUCGAUAUGCUUACCUUUCCUGUUGAAACAUAUAAAAGAUUUUGUUGUUUAACUGCUUCUGUUUGAUGUCUGGUAUGAGUUUGUGUUCCUUUUGCUUCCAACAUGUUGUUUUGUUCUUUGAGGAUGCCUCUCUUUUCACGUUCAAGUUUACAAGUCAAGUG